GAGGGUAGCGAAAAUGUACGAAAUCGAUGUUUUCAAAGUUUUGAAGACUGUACAUAAUCGACAAAACACUACUUGUCGAUAAAUGUGCACUAUUGCUUUUGCCAAUCAGCUACACGCCCAUUUAAGGAUCCUGCAAGAUAGUCAGCGCAACCUUUCCAAGACAGUCGCUGAUAUUUCACUCACCCAAACGUUUCCGAACAUGAAGUUGGGGUUUCCGCCGGAGGGGUCGAAGCCAGAGGCAACGCCAGCGGAAUCACCACCAUCGUGGUCAUCGAGGACAGAGUCGUAGAGGGAGUUGGCGCUGCCCUGCUGGGGAGCGUAGAUGAGCUGAGCUCCAGGAACAAUGCGGACGAUUCUGCCGACAAACUGUACCAAGAGUCAUUACUUUGUCAGCAUUGUGCAACAACGAGGAAUCCUUUUCACAUGAUUACAUCAGGUUACAAUCAAAGAGACGUGAAAGUAGUGAACAGAUUUCCCUCACAAACAUGAAAGUACGACUGACUCUACAACAAAAAUUCUACAUGCCAAGCCUAUUAGGACCAUGGCUCUACAGGACAGAUCCAAACCAAUUUGAACAGAAAGAAACACAGCAAACAAUGAGAUUUCGCUAUCAUAAAUCAUGCGAUGGGAACAGAGAUCAUAUCAGAACGCGCCUCCUAUAAAAUAAGAAAACUCCAACACUACAUUCAUGCAUAUCCCCAAAUGGAGAAAUCAAUCUCCGACAGAAGAAAAUUCCAUGCGGUAAAUCCACUAGAUCAAGAUGUGCUAACAUCUUCGAUCACCAUGCUUGUCGCACAUUUCACACGAUCGACAAGAGAGCAUUGCAAAGCAGCCUGAGCGCAUGCAUGGAAGGGGCU